AUGAAACAUCUGAGGCUCCUCCUGCUGCUCAACCAUGAAACAUCUGAGGCUCCUCCUGCUGCUCCUCCAUCAAACAUCAAAAUUCAGUCUUACCAUCGCCAUACUCUCUCCGGCACCAGCCCUGGUCUCCGGCACCAGCCCUGGUCUCCGGCACCAGCCCUGGUCUCCGGCACCAGCCCUGGUCUCCGGCAACAGCCCUGGUCUCCGGCACCAGCCCUGGUCUCCCCUGGUCUCCGGCAACAGCCCUGGUCUCCGGCACCAGCCCUGGUCUCCCCUGGUCUCCGGCAACAGCCCUGGUCUCCGGCACCAGCCCUGGUCUCCGGCAACAGCCCUGGUCUCCGGCUCCAGCCCUGGUCUCCGGCUCCAGCCCUGGUCUCCCCUGGUCUCCGGCAACAGCCCUGGUCUCCGGCACCAGCCCUGGUCUCCGGCACCAGUGUCUCUGGUUCCAUUUUUCCUGCGAAAGGUUCAGGGCUCGGUCAGAUCUGUGGAGGGAGGAGUCAGCACUGGGUCAAGAGGAGGAGAAGGGCCGGGGCAAGAGGAGGAGCAGGGCUGGGUCAAGAGGAGGAGAAGGGCUGGGUCAAGAGGAGGAGAAGGGCUGGGUCAAGAGGAGGAGAAGGGCCGGGUCAAGAGGAGGAGAAGGGCUGGGUCAAGAGGAGGAGAAGGGCGGUCAAGAGGGGAAGGCGGUCAAGAGGAGGAGAAGGGCUGGGUCAAGAGGAGGAGAAGGGCUGGGUCAAGAGGAGGAGAAGGGCUGGGUCAAGAGGAGGAGAAGGGCCGGGUCAAGAGGAGGAGAAGGGCUGGGUCAAGAGGAGGAGAAGGGCUGGGUCAAGAGGAGGAGAAGGGCCGGGUCAAGAGGAGGAGAAGGGCCGGGUCAAGAGGAGGAGAGGUGUGGGUCAAGAGGAGGAGAAGGGCUGGGUCAAGAGGAGGAGAGGUGUGGGUCAAGAGGAGGAGAAGGGCCGGGUCAAGAGGAGGAGAAGGGCUGGGUCAAGAGGAGGAGAAGGGCUGGGUCAAGAGGAGGAGAAGGGCCGGGUCAAGAGGAGGAGAAGGGCUGGGUCAAGAGGAGGAGAAGGGCUGGGUCAAGAGGAGGAGAAGGGCCGGGUCAAGAGGAGGAGAAGGGCUGGGUCAAGAGGAGGAGAAGGGCCGGGUCAAGAGGAGGAGAAGGGCUGGGUCAAGAGGAGGAGACUGUCUGGGUCUGGGUCAGGAGGAGGAGAAGGGCCGGGUCAAGAGGAGGAGAAGGGCUGGGUCAGGAGGAGGAGACUGUCUGGGUCUGGGUCAAGAGGAGGAGACGGUCGAACGCACUGGUUAUAG